UGACCAUUUCGACUUUGUUCAUCAGAACUUUUCAUUCUUCAACCAUUAUGACUCAAACUCAACCUUUAUCGAUCGAUAACAUCAACCCAGCAGUCGUAGAGGCUCAAUACGCCGUCCGUGGUGAGAUUGCACUAAGAGCCGAAGAACUUCGAAAUGAGCUAGCAUCAGAUCCUCAAGCGAAAGAUCGACUUGGUUUCAAUAAUGUCAUCAGUUGUAAUAUUGGGAAUCCUCAACAAUUGGGUCAAAAACCACUCAGUUUUACUCGUCAAGUCGCAUGCUUAACUGAAUAUCCAGAUUUGAUUAAAAACCCCGAUGCCAAGUCGUUGUUUCCAUCCGAUGUAAUCGAACGUGCUCAGUUACUCUUGGGUGCUAUCGGCAGUGUUGGAGCUUAUAGUCACUCCAAAGGUGUUCCGCUCAUUAGACAGCAUGUCGCUGAGUUCCUCCAAGAACGAGAUGGAUUUCCAGCUGACCCAGAAUCGAUUUAUCUCACUGCUGGUGCCUCAGCUGGUGUCUCCAACAUCCUGCAACUUUUGAUUUCUUCACCUCAAGAUGGAGUCAUGAUCCCAAUUCCUCAAUAUCCACUAUACACAGCAGCUCUUGCUCUCAACAAAGCUCAUGCAGUAGAAUAUUAUUUAUCAGAAGAAAAGGAUUGGGAACCUGAUCUAGAAUCACUUGAAAAAGUUCUCGCUACAGCCAGUGCAUCUGGUAUUCGAACUCGAGCUAUGGUAGUCAUCUCACCUGGUAAUCCAGUUGGAAAUGUCCUAAGUCGUUCUGCUAUGGAUCAUAUCAUCAGUUUCUGUCAUCAACAUAAUCUGGUUCUUAUGGCAGACGAGGUUUAUCAAACGAAUCUCUUCGAAAAAGAAACUAGACCAUUCAUUUCAUUCAAGCAUGCAUUACUUACUCAUCCCAACGAGAAAUUACGUCAAGAACUUCCAUUGGUUAGCUUUCAUUCGAUUUCAAAAGGUCAAUCAGGUGAAUGUGGUCGUAGAGGAGGGUUUUUCGAAAUCAUGAAUUUUCCUAACUCAGUAGCCGAACAAGUUUAUAAAUUAGCAUCAAUCCAACUUUGUCCACCACUCUCAGGUCAAAUUGGAGUAGAUGUAUUGGUUAAACCCCCUACACCAAAUCAAGCAAGUUAUCAAACUUGGUUAAAAGAAACUAACGAUAUCAACCAAGCUCUAACUCAAAGAUCUUUACAUCUUUUGAAAGCUUUCAAUUCACUUUCUAAUUUGUCUUGUAAUCAAGCACAAGGAGCUCUUUACUUGUUUCCUAAACUUCAAUUAACUAAAAAAGCGGAAGAAGUGGCUAAAUCUAAAGGAAAACCUGUGGAUGCGUUUUACUGUCUUGAACUUCUUAACCAAACUGGAAUUUGUGUUAUACCUGGAUCUGGAUUUGGUCAAUCACCUGGUACCAUGCAUUUCCGUACUACUUUUCUUUCAUCUGAAACUGAUGAUUAUGUUAAAAGAUUUGAAAAGUUUCAUAAUGAAUUUCUUAAGAAAUAU